GUUGCUUAUCAUUCCAGGAACUGUCAAAACAUGUUUUGAAAACAUACAUUUCUCACGUAAUACAUCAGUAAUUGGUAUUAAGGUUUCAUUUCUACGAUAUUCUUUUUAAAAUCCACAAAUAUGCUUGUGUAAGUUGUGUUCAUCAUAAACCUUUUUAAUUGCGGAAUGGCACACCGCCAUCGGCGAACAGUGAGUGAUGUAUUCAACAUCGAAGUCGCCAACGAGUCCCGUCUUCAGCAGCAGAGUCCGGAUGCGCAGCAUCUGUCCUUUGCCGAAGCUUCCAAAUGUUCGCCUUCAUCCUCGUCCAGCGAUUUCCAGAACACCAGUGAUAGCAACUUUCUGCUACGGGUAGAUGACGCAUACCGCGAUCAAUACCAUCAUGAGGGAGGCGGUGGCGACGGUAAACAAAACCAGAUUGUAAACGGUAGCGUGGAGAACAACGCGAACGAGGACGGGGAGAACUAUGACGACGAGGUGCAGGAGUUUGACGACAAGGAAGGCAGCAGUCACUUCGAAAUGAAUGUCGCUGCCGCCGAUAGCAGCAGGGCGGCAAGUCGAGUGGCAGUCGAUAGCUUUCGACGAUGGUCAGCCAAUUUUGGGAAAACUAUCAAAAACAAUAAGCGCCACAUGUACAACAAAACGAUCCGAUUCAUGCCGUCUCGGCUGCGCAAGACACUUUCCAUCGAUGGCGAUCUAAUCACAACGACGGCUUCCGAUGUGGAACAAAUCACUCUAGAGCUGGAACAGCGGGAGCAGUUGAUGGAGGAUAAUCCCAUGUCUGAGCAGUUGCGGAUCGAAGCGAUCAAAUCGAUGGCCCAGGCUCUUUCCAUCAAACGUCAGAUCAGAGCCAAUCUGACGUGUACCGUUAACCGGCGGUCAAUCAGUCGCUCCAAGUCGGUCAGCUUCCUGCGGAAAUGCAAAUACAGCGGCAAGGUGUACGCUACACGGUUCGUGAAGUUUGUUGCGCAUGUCGUCACCAGCUUCGAGCUUUUCUACGGAAGCAUGAAGGAGAUCGAAGGCCACUUCGGUGGCCGCAUAAGUGCAUAUUUCAAAUUCCUACGCUGGCUGUUGGUAUUGAACUUGGCACUGGUGGUUUUCAUGUUUUGGUUUGUAUCCUUUCCCCAAAUAUUGUACACGGGAUCGGAGCGAUAUGAUACAGAAAUGCAAGGAAAGGAUGCGACUGUGGAAGCCAGGGCAAUGGCAAACGUCCGCUCCAAGUUCGAGUUUACCGAUUUAUUCACUGGAGAGGGAUACUUCACCAAUUCGAUUUUGUUCUAUGGCUUCUAUAGCAACACUUCCUUCACCUUGAUUCCGGGGACAUCCGAGUACAGUCUUCCCCACGCUUACUUCCUCACGACGGUUGUGAUGUAUCUCGCUACCUUCGUCGUGGUUUCCGUAAGCAUGGCACGAUCCUACCGGAUCAGUUUUAUCGAGGCAAGCGGCUCAGUCCAUAAUAUUCUCACGCAUAAAAUUUUCUGUUCGUGGGAUUUCGGGAUAGCAAAUGAGAAAGCAGCCCAGCUGAAACAUGCCAGCAUCUUUACGGAGCUGCAGGAGCAUCUAACGAGGCUGAAUCGAACAGCGACACCUCCCGGCAGGUGGCAGAAACUGCGGAUGACAGCACUUCGCAUCUCCACGCAUUCCUUCGUGUUUUUGAUGAUCGCAUCAAUCGGCUUCGGAAUUUGGAUGCUCCUGCAGAGGUUUGGGGAGACGGAACACUUCAACACUUGGUCCGCGCUGUAUGUUUCGAUAUCCACAAACAUCACGAUCCUGGUAGCGCAAUUCAUUUUCCGGUUCAUUUCACGAAUCGAAGACUACCGGCCGUCCUCGACGACACUGAACAUCAAUCUUAUGCGCAACUUCCUGCUCCAGCUGUGCAUCGUAGGUACACUCAUGUUCUACUGGCUCAACAAAACGUACGACAACUGCUGGGAAACAUCGAUCGGACAGGAAAUCUACCGACUGGUCGUAAUAGAUUUCAUCGUGUCCGUCCUGUGUCUCACCUCCCUGCAGGCCACCCGAUACGCCGCCAAUCGCUUCUACAGCCGUUCGAUCUCGCUGCCCGAGUUCUGUCUAACGAACAACAGUCUUGCACUGGUGUACAACCAAAGCUUACUCUGGUUCGGUCUGCUGUUUUCCCCACUGCUAUGCGUGAUCGUCACCAUAAAACUGUUGCUCAUAUUCUACGUCAAAAAGCAGACGCUCCUCUACUUCUGCAAACCACCCACCAAAAUGUGGCGCUCGAGCCAAACUCAGACCCUUUUUCUGGUGCUCGUGUUUGUGUCGCUGUUCGGGGUGAUGAUGACGUACGCUUACAUCAUGACCCAUGUUCCCAUCAGUGGCGAGUGUGGGCCCUUCCGUGGGAACACUUAUAUGUAUCAGCUGUUCAUGCAGGGCAUCCUUAAGCUGAGGGAAGAGCACAUCUUCUGGAAGAUCUUUAUGUACGUAACCAAACCGGCGAUCAUUGGCGGUGUGCUGCUGACGAUGGGAGUGGUAACGUACUAUCUGAGGGCCAAAUCGAAGGCACAGAUUGCGAAAGUGAAGCUGCUGAAGGAAAUGCUGUGCAUGGAGGCAAAGGAUAAGGAAUUUUUGUUGGCUAAUAUUAGUAAAAUUACGCGGGGGAAGGAGUGGUAUUUCGACAAGGAUUUCCUGAACUUGAGAAAGCAUAGUGCGGACAAGUACUACAGUGAUCCGAGUGGCACCUGGCGGUACGCUGAGAGUCCACGCAAGGUCAACGGAAAUACGGUGCUGAGGGAGGACGAUGGGAGUCCGAACUGUUCCGGAUAUCAACGAAUCGAUGAGUGCAAUGAAGAACAUGUCCGGAUGAGACGCUUCUAAUUUUUAGUAUUUUUAUGAGGAGAAAAAUAUGUUUUCAGAAUUAAAAAAACUGAAAUAACACCCUCAAAAAUUCCCUUAUUAUCAUAUUAAUAUUUAUUUUAUAUGUUAUCCGUUCAACAAAAUAAAAACACCAACUUCGGGAUUUUUUUCGAA